AUGGUAAUCACCCGCUCACAGGGAGAAGCAGACCAACUGCGUGGAAAGUUGCGUCUCGGGCCAGACACCAUCCCUCUGCAGGACACCAUUGAAAUCCUUGGGGUGGAGGUGGAUUCCAGGCUGCAGUUCGACCGUCACCUGGAGAAAGUGGCGCGGAACGCCUCCUCUAAGGUGAACCUACUGCGCCGGAUGAAACACCUCCUCCAUGCUGACGGCCUCCUCACACUCUACAAGGCCCAGGUAAGGCCUAUAAUGGAAUACGCCCCUCUUACCUGGAUGUCAAGUGCCCGCUGCCACCUCAGCCUACUAGAUAAAGUACAGCGCCGAGCAGAGCGCUUGAUUAGCGGCGCUACACAUCAUCAACAACACCAACCACACUGGCGGAGGAGGCAGCGGCAGCAGGAGGAACAGCAGCGGCACGACCUCGAGCACCGCAGGAGAGUUGCCGCCUUGACAGUGCUCCACAAGGCACAAGUGCAGCGCGUACCCCACCUGACGGACUUAAGGGCAACCUGGAGGAGACACGAGGUUGGCACGAGGACGGUGUCGGCCAAUGACCUCCUCCUGGAAGUCCCGAGGUCCCAUAGCUCUACUCACCAGCGUGCCUUUACAUCAGCAGCGGUGGUGUGGUGGAACGAGCUCACUACAGAUGUGGAUGUGAGGGGCCUGUCCACACAGCAAAUUAAGGUAGCAGCCCAUAGGUGGCUGCGUCUACACCCUCCUUAA